ACGCAAUAAGUAUAACGUGCGCACGAAAUACUAAUUGAUAAUAUUAAUAUCAUUCCUGGACCAAAUCGAGCGCGUCUUCUCUAGAACCUGCUGUAGCCUACGUACGGAGCCCCGUACCUGCGUGAUGUCAUUAAGGAGCUGCAGCCCUGCACACACAUCAGGAUACUUUUCAAGUAGAGCUGAGGGGUGUAGAUAUACUACUAAGCAAGAGGGCAACUAUGGAUACUCGGCUGCGAGAAUUUUUGAUGGAGCGCAAACUUGAAGAAGAUGUGAUCCAGAAACUUGAAGAUGAGAAUAUUGAUGAAACUGUCAUUCCUUUAAUGACAGACAGUGACCUGGCAAAGUACAUCCCCAAAGUCCAAAGUCUCCACUGUGGCCUUCUGCAGACAAGCAACACUGUCACAAAAAUCACCAUCAAGGAAAGAAUCCAUACUCUCAAGGCUACGACAAAGACUGUCUGGAGCUGAGGCGAUGCCUCCAAAAAAGAGAUCAUCUAAGUGGGCGGAAAUACAAAUGCAAAACGGAAAGUGAGACGAAUUGAGGUUGGCAUGAUGGAUUUUGAUGAGGAGAAGGAGAGGUACAAACAGGUGAAGUCUGUCAGUGGUGGAGGCAUGAGGCAUCUGUCUAUUGACAAAGACGAAACAGUGGCAAAUAUCAAACUUAUGGCUGAAAAUCUUUUUUUCCCCAAUGGCCUUUCAAAAAAAAACAAAAGUCUUUCACACUAUUCAACUCAUAUUGAGAGCUCACAGAUACAUGUUGAUGUGUCUCAUACAGUAGAAGAGUUGUAUAAUCAAAGCAAGGUCAAAAUUCUGCGACUUUAUCUGUGCACCAAAAAGAAAACGACAGCAGCCCUCAGAAGUGGAGGAUGAUGACGCAAUAAGCCAGCCCUCCGGGGUAGAUCUCACUAACAAAGAACAGAAUCAGGCCGAUGAGGAUCUGUUGGUGGAAAACAGAAAUUCAGAAUCACCAAACCACUGUGGAAUUAAUGAUGGAGCUUCCAGAAGUGGAUAUUUGGAACUAAACGACACAUUAGUAUGGGAUGGUCUGCCAACUGUGGGCGAAAGUGAAGAUUCUGAUGUAGUUUUUAUUAUAAGUGGGGAUGACAUGCUGGAUGUAAGUGUGGAUGAACCAAACCUUGAAACACUCUUUCCAGAAAAAGAGGAUGCUGCACCUCAUCAAACAGUGGAUCUGUCACCGGUGCUUGCAGGGGAGGCCAAUGUUCCAGACCAAGCACUUCCUGAACCACAAUCUUGUCCUGUAACACUGAUUGUAAGAAGAGGUCACUGUCUCACUGACUUGAUCAGUGCCUUUAAGGACCCAAACAUUAUUGCAUCUGAGGUCAACAUCAAAAUGCGUUUACCAAAUGGAGAGCUUGAGCAGGGGGAAGGAAGUGGUGUUUUGCGAGACUGCCUGACAGAAUUUUGGAUAGAUUUCUAUGACAGCUGCACACUGGGAGUUGAGGUGAAAGUCCCCUUCAUCAGGCAUGACUUUCAGUGUGAAGAAUGGCAGGCUGUAGCUAGAGUGUUUGUAGUAGGGUGGAAACAAGCUGGUUACUUCCCAGUGAAGCUUGCAAUACCAUUUCUGGAAGAGGUGCUGUAUGGCUCGACAACCAGUAGUUUCAAAGAUUCCUUUUUGCUGUACGUAUCACAAGAAGAAAGAUCUGUCCUCCUGAAGGCUUUGGAGGACUUUAAUUCAGUGGACACAGAUGAAUUGCUGGAUGUACUUGAUGCACAUGAAUGCAAGCAAGUCCCUACCAAGGACACACUGCUCCCUGUUUUGGCACAGAUUGGACACAAAGUAAUCGUUCAGGCCCCAAUGUUUGUAAUUAAGUGCUGGCGUCCUGUUGUGGGUUCUGUAGCUGCUAUACUACCACCAGAAGGACUGCAUCAUUUCAUUGCACAAAAAAAACCAACUGCAAAAACAGUGAAGGAGCUUCUAAACUUUCCAGAGGAGAUGACAGCAGCCCAGUCAACAGUUUCUCGUUACCUGAAAAGGUACAUUGGGGAAAUUGAUUUCAACAGUCUUCAGCUUUUCCUGCGGUUCUGUACAGGAUCCGAUCUCUUGGAUAAGGCCAUACUAAUUGAGUUCAUAGAAACCACAGAUUUCCUCCGCAGACCACAAUCCCACACAUGUGGAUGUGUACUAAAGCUGCCCAUCGGUUACUACAGCUAUCCAGAUUUUCGCAGCGAAUUUAACAGCAUUCUCACAAGCUCAAUGUGGGUAAUGGAUGUGGUGUAGGUAACACUACAAACAAUAACAUGCAGGAUGUGACAGCUCCUUGCUAGACUUGAUGGUUCUGUUAUCUUAAUUAUAGCCAGUUGUGCCUUUUUCAUGUGCGGCAUUUUAUGUUAUCUGCUUUGAAAGUGGUUGUUUUGUUCUUUCCCAAUCAAAUUGUAGGCUUAAAGGGAUAGUACGGGUUUUUUGAAAUGGUGUUGUAUGAGGUACGUAUGCUUAGUCAGUGUAUUACCUGUAGUAGACAGCACUCAGCACUCUCUGAGUUUGCAGAAGCAGAGGGUAGUGCUGGGACAGAAGCAGAGCAAGACACAGCAACAAACAUAUUUUAGUCACCUAAAAGAAGUCCCACUUCAAAAGAAUACACCAGGUUACCUGUACACUAUAUUAGGAAUAUUUUCAGUGCUUCACCUGGUGGGAAAACUUACUUUUCCUUUUACACUAACCAUAGAACUCCCAUAUGCCUACACCUAAAGUGCAUCUGUGCCUGCUGCACACUGUAUUACUCCACUUAGUGCCAAAAGAAACGACUACUUUAUGAGCAGGUGAAGAGUUGAAAAUAUUCCAAAUACAGCGUACAGUUACAGUUCUGUAAACUGGGAGAGUGCUGAGCACUGUCUACUGCAGGUACACUGACUAGGCAUAAGUACAACUCCACUUCAAAUACCAAAAUAAAAUUGAUUAAGUAUGUUUUAUAUUAUUAUUACAGUUGUUUGUAGCAACCCCAGUAGAAAUAAGAAUGUGAGCCUUGGCUGAUGUUUCAGAGGUGUUUAAAAAUAAAUUAGUUGUUUUCAGAAGAUUUUUAUACUUUAAAGACGUUUAAAUAACAUUAUUUUGUAACUAUCAGUAUGAUGCUGGCUAACAGGAGGUUUGAAAACUGUUCUUAACCUGUUAUGUGCAAAAUACCACCUGGUUUUGACUAUGGUGUAAUUUGAAAAAGACCAGUAGACCAUUCAAGUUUGUACAAAAUGUUUAUUUCCUCUUGGUUACAUUCUGUACAUCUUUACACUUUAACAUUUCUCACUCUCUAGUGUUAUAAAUGUGCUGUGAUUUGUUCUGAAAUACAAACUUCUUUAUCAAA